CGGCCCCAGGGCUGGCCCUGUGCCCAGUGCCCAGCAGGAUGGACCCUGCCCGAUGCCUCCCAAGGCAGGGGGCACUCGCUGGCCCGUGACGGCUCGUGGUGGCCCUGGGAACCGCUGUUGUCACCACCCACCACACGGUCUCCAGGCUCCCGCUCCACAGCUCCAGGACUGUUGCAGGGGUCUCUUGGCAGGACCAUGCAGAUCCUGACGAGCCCAGCCCAGCUGCAGCGCCUGGAGGGCAUCCUGAAGAAGAGCCUGCCCCUCGCCCUGCCGGUGUACGGGGCAGUGCUGAACAUAAACCGGGGGAACCCGGGCGACUCCGAGGUGCUCGUGGACAAGUGGCCCGAUUUCGGCGCCGUGCUGGCCCGUCCCAGAGGAGAGGUGGCCCGCGGGGACAUGGGGCACUGCAGGGAAAGGGGGGGAUGGCACGGUGCCCUGGUGUGCUCAGGGAGCCCCUGGGUGCCCUCAGGUGCCAGCGAACGACAGCUACUGGAACACGCAGACAGCGUUCUACCGGGAUUUGGGGGCGUACCGGGCGCUGCUGGAGACACCCGGCUGCCAGCGCUGGGACGCCGCCUUCAUCAUCAUCGGGCUACAGGACGGGGUGACCACGGUGUCACAGGACCUGGCGAGGGCCAAAGGCGUGGAGCUGGACAUCACCGAGUACUACACCUACGUGCACCCCGACCCCAGCACCAUGCCCGAGCCCCGGCUGGACCCCGGCGUGCGGCUGGGCUCCCUGCUCCCCUCGCACGUGGACCUGCUGAACCAGACGUGGCCCUACGGGGGCAACGCCCGCAGCCGGCGCUACCUGGCCGAGCUUUUGGGGCGCUUCCCCCACGUGUGCGUGCAGGACGGCGCCGGGGAGCCCCUCAGCUGGGUGCUGACCGACCAUUUCGGGACGGGCGCCCACGGCUUCACGCUGCCCGCGCACCGCCGGCGCGGCCACAUGCAGGUGGCACUGACGGUGGCGGCGCGGCGGGCGCAGGCCCGGGGGUUCCCCACUUACGGGCACACGGCGCUGCACAACGGGCCCAUGCAGCAGCUGCAGGAGCUGAUGGGCCACCAGCGCCUGCCCGGGAUCUGCCACUACAUCCUGCACAACCCCGGCAUGGACAAGGACGGGCCCUGAAGCCCCGCCAGCUCCUGCCCGGGGCGGGACAAGGGAGAAAAGCCAGCCCCGAAUUAAAGAGUGUUGUGGGGUCUCUGAUGGCUGCUGUGGGGUUGUGUCUCCCUCCAGCACUGACCGUUGCAGCGGUGACACGGCUUGGUGGCUCUCGUGUCACCUCCCCUGGGACACACCCCGUUACAGGACACGGAUCUCAGCUAUUCUCGGCCCCCCCCAGGGAGGGCCUCAGGCAAAUGGUGGCACCUGCAGUGUCACAUCCCCCCCAUGGGAUGGUGUCACCAGCAGCUGGGGGUGGGAUGGGCAGGCACAGAGGCUGUGGGUCACCUCCUGGGCGUCCUGGUGGGGACAGGCAGUGACACACAGGACACAAGGUGACGGUGUCACGGAGUGAGUCAAGGCACGGGGGGGUGAUGGGGUCUGACAGGGGGUGACAGUGCCUGGGGUGAUGGGGAGUGC